AUGGCGUCGCAAGGAGCAAUUAUUGAGGAAACAAUCGUCGGGUUGAAAAGAGCACUGGCAAGAGAGCAGCUAGACCAAGAUGCCUACGACGAUCUGAUCACUCAACCAACAAACCGUGGCAACAAAACCCGUUACAAUUCAAAAUAUGUCCAUGCUGGGUCCCUGGGUGUUAUGAAUGGCCGAAAUUUCUAUCGUAAGAAAGUUGAGCACGCCGGAUACACCCGCCAUAUUUUGCGGCAUAAUCCUCCACGCUAUGAUUCCGAAGGCGAUGAACUUGAUGAAGAAGAUUCAGAUACUGCAGCUGACGCUGAUGCUGCAGAAGAAAACCCAUAUUCUGGUAUAACACUAGAAGCACUUCUUGCUCCACUCAGACACCCAUCGGAGCUCCCCGAUCACCCAUCCCUAGCAGUACCGUACACGAGCAAGGCAAUUGCGCACAUGGUUGACCUUAUAGACCAACGACUGCGGCAAGAACAACAUGCCCUUUGGCAAGCUAAAAAAUUACACCAGCAACUGUUAGGGGACGCGCCUUGGAUUCCUUGCGGGGCCGUGGAAAAACCUCAAGACCGGGCCAUUUUCGAACCCUUGUUUCUUUUACCGAAAGACUUACAACAACAACUUGUGUCCGGAGACGCAAAUCAUAUCGCGGCUUCUACCCGGCGACUAUCCGUUACUAGACGCUCCCCCCAUGAACAAAGAAUACACGAUGCCACAGUUCCAAACGGCCACAACUUACAGUUGCAGAACGGCCACUCUUCAUCUGCUGCUGAAGAUAUAGAGAUGGAAGAUGCCACGGAAGAUUCAAAAGCACCAGAUACACAUAGGGAUGGCGUGCCAUUAGAAACCAAUGUCACGCAGGCGGACGCAGAAAAUGAACGGCAACAAAUACAGACCGAGCCGGUAGGCGAUGGCAGCAGCUCAACGCGAGAAGAUGGCACUGGCGACAGCCCCAGCGGAGGAGACGUCGAGGGUGGGAAGGAUGAGGUUAUUCUGCCACAGAAUACAAAGACUGAAGACCAAGAUGAGAAUAUGCUCGAUAGUGAAAUUCCCGAGAACGAGGGCUCGCCCGAGCCACCCCGUAGAAUGACCACUCGCGCACAGACCAAUCAAGUGACUGGAUCCCAAAAUACAAGCCGGCCGGCAUCCCCUGCCGUAUCCAGUGAAAACGCCGACCUCGGCGAUGCGGACAGCGACAACCUCACUCCCCAUGCGCUCUACCACUUCCCAUCUAUCAGAAUCGACCGCAACUGCGGGCUCCCACCAAUGGAAGCCGACGAAACGCGGCACCUGCUUUGGGCGUAUAUCCAAAAACAGGGCGAGACGGUGCGUCUGUUUUCCGAGAUCCUGGAGAUGUUACGUAAAGCACAUCGCCUCAAAGAAAACGUGUUUGAGUGGUGCAAAGCAGACGGCCACGUGGGGGAAAUGAGCGACGGCGAGGAUUGGUAUGACCUGGACAAGUGGGGGCUUCGUGACGGAGAGGAUUUGAAGAAAGGCGCCGACGAGGAGGAGCCCGAGGUCGACGAGGGCCGCGCAACUGGCAAAAGAGGCCGUCGCCGGGCAUGA